CACCCGUAGCCUAGCAACGCGGUGUCAACCUCCUUUUCCAAAACAUUAAACCUGCAGCUCCUCUGGCCGGCUGUCAUGCUAAUUGUAAAUCUUAAACUUUAGGCUGGACAAAAAUAGGUCGCAGAAUGGGAAAGAAAGGGAAGAAGGAGCAUGAAACUCCAUGCAAGGAAACGUUUGAACCAGUGCCUGUUGAGGGCAGGACCCCAGCAACAGUAGUACUGCUGCUGAGCUCUCCAGAAGAGGACAUCCUUGCCAAAGCCUGUGAAGCAAUCCACACAUUUGCAGAGAAGGGAGAUGAGAACAAAGUUUCUCUGCUGGGACUUGGGGCAUUGCAGCCUCUCUGUCAGCUCAUCGCUCACAAAAACAAGCUGGUCAGGCGCAACGCCUUCAUGGCCCUGGGCAUCAUGGCCACCAACAGUGAUGUAAAGAGUGCUCUAAAAAAAAUUGAUGUCAUUCCAUCAAUCAUUGACAAACUGUCACUUGAAGAAGAUAUAGUUGUCCAUGAGUUUGCAACGCUGUGCCUGGCCUCUCUGUCAGUGGAUUUCUUCUGUAAGGUCCAGAUCUUUGACAACAAGGGCCUGCCGCCUGUAAUCCAGCUCCUAUCCAGUCCAGACCCCGAUGUCAAGAAGAACUCGCUAGAGAUCAUCUUCAACCUGGUUCAGGACUACCAAAGUCGUCUGGCAGUACACGAGUUAGGCGGGAUCCCUCCACUUCUGGAACUGUUGAAGUCCGACUUCCCUGUCAUUCAGCAUUUGGCUUUAAAGACGUUGCAGAAUCUCACCACUGAUAAAGAUACACGCAACACCUUCAGGCAACAGCAAGGAUUUGAGAAGCUCAUGGAUAUCCUCAGCAGCACUGACUUCAGAGACCUUCACGCUGAGGCCUUACAGGUAGUUUCUAACUGUCUGAGUGACAGUGAGAGUUUCAAGCUGAUCCACAGUGCUGGGGGACUGACGAGGCUGAUGGAGUUUGUUCUCCACCCCAACAUGCCUGAAAUCCAGUCCAGGGCUGUUAAAUGCAUCGCCAGGGUUGCUCAGAGCUCUGAGAAUGGCAAACUGCUCCAUGAGCAGAAUGUGGAGAAGGUCCUGGUAGAGCUCCUGUCUGUGGCGGAUGUCAGCGUGAAAACGGCUACCUGCCAGGCCGUGUCCGCCAUGAGCUUCCACCUAGCUAGUAAAGACCGCUUCAGAGACCUGGGUGGUAUCCCUGCAGUUGUACAGAUGCUGAACAAUGAGAGUUUGGCGCUGAGAGAGGCAGCAACCCAGGCUCUCUCUAACCUCACAUAUAGCAACCAGCUCAACGCUUUCUCAUCCAUUUCAGUGGGAUCUUCCAGUGCAGUGUACGAGGCAGAAGGCCACAAGAUCCUUGUCCAGGAGCUCUUUGGAAGCUGUCCGAGGACGGUGGCCAAUUCUGCUGCAACGCUUGGCAACCUGGCAGGACAGGACGUCAUCCGCUGUGGCAUCUUGUCACACAGAGCCAUACAGGCCCUAGUGGACACCUUGAAGUCCACAUAUACAGAGGUCCUGGUCAACGCCACGCACUGCCUGGCAGUGUUGGCCUGUGAUACAGAAGCCAGGGCAGAGUUACAAAGUGCUGGCGGCCUUCAACCACUGGUCAAUUUGCUGCGCUCCUAUGACAAGGAGGUGUUGCAUAAUGCAUGCAUGGCCAUCAGUGCCUGUGCCAUUGAUGAGCCCACUGCUGUGGAGAUGUGCAAAUAUGGGGCCCUGGAAAUGCUUCAGGAAAUCAACCAAUCAGUGAAUCGUAAGAGCAGCUUCAGCAAGUUGGCCAUGAUCAGCUUGCUGAACUCCAACUUGUCUGUUAAAUACAGCCUGACAGAUCAUUUGGCCUCCACUGACAUCAUUAGUAAUGGCUUCUAUGAUGCUGGGAAGGUUCGUGGAGGUCAGAGGAUUCUGACUUUAGAGGAACUGUCCAAGCAGCCUGUCAACCAGCACCGGCCAAUCAUUGUUGUUAACAGAGCAACAGAAGAGACAGUGCAUGUGCCAGAAGAGAGGCAGAGCAACCCAUCAGAAACAGACACCGGCAGCAAGGGAGACCGCAGGACACCAAGGAAGAAGAAAGAGGAUGACAAACAGAAAGACGAGACCCAGCCUGAGUCUCCCACAGAGAAACCUUGGAAGAUGAUGGAUGACGUCUCAUUGCAGCUUCUAGUUAAAGAGGCCAAAGAAUUCAUCCUCCCGCUGAAUGAUGAACAAGAACAGUAUGCUGCUUUGGCCAGGCUGGUGAGUGAAGCCAUGGGCGGAGCAGUGGAGGCCAAAAAGUUGCACGAAUUCCCAUGGGUGCUGCACCUCAGCGAGCUCAAGUUUCAGCUCCAGUCUAAUGUUGUUCCCAUUGGUUUGAUCAGCAAGGGAAUCUACUGCCACAGGGCACUUCUCUUCAAGUGUCUGGCUGAUUGCAUCGGAAUGAGCUGCACUCUUGUUAGGGGUGAGUACAACCGCGCUUGGAACGAGGUGCUCCUCUUCAGUAGGAAUCCCUCCAGCAAUGGGCGCUCUUCACAGUCAUGCCGCUACAUAGUGGACCUCAUGCACCAGCCUGGAAACCUGUUGACAGCCAAUACCCCUGCUGCUGUGCAAUACCAGACUAUAUAGAGCAACACUGUACUGUAUAGAAAUGCUGUACUACAUACUACUGUGACCAGACAUUUUACUGAGAUGCAUUAUAGAUAAGUGAUUUGUACUGUAUGUGUAUUUUCUGUAUGGCAGACCUUUACACCAUACAGUAUUCUCUGUGCCUGCACAAGUCUAAAUUAAAAAAUGAUGUUAGUCUAUAAGGCUUCUCUAAUAAAUACUCUGAUUUAA